AUGGGUCAGGAGUCCGGUUCAGACUAUCAACCAUCGUCGCCUCUAUCUGAACCUUCUACUGAAGAAGGUCGUGGGAUGUCUAGAAGAUCUCGGCCUACCGGACGUGCGCCAUCGGAUGCACGACACCGUUCCGGGUCACCAGGCUCAUCGGGUUUUGAUACAAACCAAGCAGGACGAAAACGUCGCAUCAGUCAAGUCAUAUCCUCCCCGUCUACUGGACAAGAUGCUAGAGACGACCGAAGUGACCAGUCACAACGCCACGAUGCGCAAUAUUGCACUCAGCGGUGUUUACUCGGGUUAAAGACUGGCGGUACUCUGGACGACUAUUGCCCAAACGUGUCACUCCAUCGACAACGUCAAUAUGAUCCCAAACACCCUAUCAAUGCGGAGGAUCUGGUUCGUUUAUUGAAAAUCCAACUAGGCGAGGACCUUGACAGGAACUGCACGCCUUUUGGAACGUGCGGGUCAUACGAUGCGCCAUUCAAACUUACAUGUGCCGCCUAUGGUUAUACGGUUGUUGGCAAGGGAACAACUUUGAGACUUUGGAAGGCAGUCUCCCGCGAAGCUCAGGUUUACCAGAUGUUUCGGAAAGCCCAAGGGUCCGCAGUACCUGUUUUCCUCGGUAAAAUCGAUUUGGAAUUAAUGCACUUCCAUGACGCGGGAGACAUUUCUCAUAUGCUAGUUAUGGGCUGGGGAGGUGAGCACAUAGUGAAUAUGAAACUGACCUCGUCGCUUCGCCGGGAGAUGAAGCGGUCCAAAAAGGAAAUUCUCGAACUAAGAGUUAUUCACGAGGAUCUUCGGCGUGCGAAUAUCCUUGGAACCAUGAGCUCCAACGAGCAUUGA